GGAUGCUGUGCCGCAUUCUCGGGCGCAGCGCCGGCGCAACAUCUUGUGUGCGAGCGAGGCGAGCCGCCAGGCCGCACUCCGACGACGGUCACCCGCGCAAUCAGUCGUCCGCAUCCGCAGGGUCGGCCUGGGCAUGCAGCCAUGAAGGGGGACGCCGCUCCCGCGGGCCAGGCCGCGCCGCCGCCGCCCGCCCCCGAGCAGCAGAGCUCGGUGCGCAGCCAGAACUCGAGGCUCGGCCUGCUGGUGGACACGGCCGCAACCGCCCCCGACGACGACCUGCCCGAGCAGCAUGUCCGGGUGCAGCCGUCGCCGAGCCGCAAGCCACGGAUUAAGACGAAAAAGCUGCAGGCAAUAGCUCUCGGACUGUUCGCCACCAGCGUAACACUCGCAAUCAUGGCUUUAGGCGUUUGGCAGGUCCAGGUGAACGACGGCGGGGACGAAGGCGCCGGCGACGGAGUGUGCGAGCAGCCGGCGUGCGUGCUGGCUGCGGCCCGGAUGCUGCAACGGAUGGACCUGAAGGCAGACCCUUGCCACGACUUUUACCAGUUCUCCUGCGGCAACUAUCUCAGGAGUCAGGAGGUGCCUGAUGACAAUUUCCAUCGCUCCAUGCUGCAGGAAAUGCAAGAGGAGGUGCUCGCCGUAAUAAAAAAGCUCAUCGAACAACCUCCCGUGGAGGACGAAAACGAGGCGAUUAGGAAAGCGAGGAAACUGUACGCGUCGUGCAUGGAUCGCAAUUUCCGCACCUCCCACUACAAGCAGUACGAAGAUUUGCCCGUGUUCGCUCUUCUCUCCGCCGGAGAAUUGGGCCCUUGGCCCUUGUUGCGGAAAGUCCCGUGGGACCCUAAUGAAUUCCAGCUGCACCGGCUUCUCGGCGAGUUGGCCGUGUACCAGGUGCACACGAUCCUCGAGAUGUACGUCACGCCUGAUGAGAAGAACGCGAGCCAGUACACGUUGCAGUUCUACAAGGGGCAGCCAGCGAUCGAGACCGCCUACUACCUGAAUUCAAGCAACCCUGAUUACGUGCGUUACCUGAGGUCGUACCGUCGCCUGCUUCGAGAGUCUGUCCUUCUCCUGACCCAGGGUAACCAGGAUUCCCUGAAGGACGCCGAAGACAUUCUCAACUUCGAGAGCAGCUUUGCGAACGUGACCGAGACAACAAAGUGCGCCCCGUUGCUGAUCAACGGAACGGAAGACCCGAACGCGGAGGAACUCAGCAGAAUGACGCUGGUUGAGCUCCAAGAGGCCGCACCAGAGCUCCAGUGGCUGUCGAUGCUGAAUCACACGUUCAGUCGGCUGGACGUCGACCUUCCUGUCCCUGUGUCCGAGCUGACCAUCACGUUCAGAUGCAGGGGAUACCUGCCUGACCUUGUCCGCCUCUUGGAGACUGCAGACUCCAGGACGGUUGCCAACUACCUGAUUUGGCGGUUUCUGUUCAAAUUCAUGCCCUACCUCGGGAACAAGUUUCUGCAGAUCUGGAUAGAAUUCCGGAAGGACGUUCCCGACGCGAACGAGGACAAGCUCUACCUCUCAAGGUGGAAGCAAUGUGCCAAUAUUGUGAACGAGGGUCUCGGACUGGCGGUUGGCAGCCUCUACGUCAAGUCCCCCUACUUCAAAGCUGUGGAUAAAAAGGCUUUGAAAAUGGUAAAGUACCUGAAAAAGGCUUUUCGAAGCGUAAUCAACGCAGAAGACUGGCUUGAAGAAGCGAAAAAGAAGGAAGUUGUAGAGAAGCUAGAUACCAUGGGAAACAAAGUUGGUUAUCCGAAGUACAUUGAGGAUCCAGAAGCUUUGUCCGCCGAGUACAAAGAGCUCAACUUGUCAGACGGUAACUUUUUGCAAAACAUGUUGACUUUGAAAAAGCAUGAGGUCUGGAAGGAGCUGCGAAAGCUGUCGAGGCCUGUGGACAAAGCAAAGGAAUGGCUCAUUCAGCCGCUGACGGUGAACGCCUUUCACAACCCCACCACCAAUGAAAUAAUUUUCCCCUUGGGAAUUCUGCGGCAUCCCAUGUUCAACCUGGAUUACCCGAUGUAUCUGAAUUUCGCAAAUAUCGGAGUUGUGAUCGGUCAUGAAAUCACUCACGGAUUUGACAACCACGGCAAAAGGUACGACAAAAACGGCAACAUGACAAACUGGUUCACCGAAGAAAUGACAGCACGCUUUCGGGAGAAGGCCAUUUGCUUCGCCGAGCAGUACUCGGAGUUUCCCCUCGAGAUGGUUGGCAAAAACGUGGACGGAAACGAGACCCUCGGGGACAACAUCUGCGACAACGCGGGACUCAGGCACAGCUGGCUUGCGUACAAAGAGUGGAUCCGAGACCACGGACUUGAACCCGGACUCCCUGGAAUUCCCUACUCGGUCGACGAAAUAUUUUUCAUAAAUUACGGGCAGAUUUGGUGUGAAGUUUUGAACAAAGAGGGCUUCGAGCAGUACACGCGUGACAUGCACAGUCCAGGGAGGUACCGGACACUGGGCGUGCUGCAGAACAACGUGGACUUUGCCCGAACUUUCCGGUGUCCGGUGGGCAGCCCGAUGAACCCGCACCACAAGUGCCGCCUUUGGAGUUGAGCACCCCUUUCCAAAAACGAUCUCGGGCAUGUUGAGCCCUCUCUCAUUGUCACUUUUCGCGACACGAACGACCCACAAAUUAGUUUUUCGCCUUCGGUCGGGAAAAUGAGACGAUAGACGCUCGGCUGCGGCUACAAAAGCGAAGGAAUUCUAAACGACCGAGCCGCUCUGCGUCUCUCGCAUAUCAGAUUUUUUGUAAGUCUUGUCUCUGCGUAUAAGUACGUACUUAAAAUGUUGACGCCUCAUCUACUCGCGGCUACAUUUCUACGCAGCUUCGUGUAUACAGUAUAUUUUUUCUAAAGAAAAACAAAUUAUUUUAAACUGCUCUUACGGACAAAAGUUAUGAUGGAGAUUUUCUGUAGGAGGAAGCAACAGAGAACUGUUAUUUCUACAUUUUAUGAUAUUUUUAGUAUGGAGUUUUAGUGUUUCUAAUGUUCUAAAAUAGUAUCCGUGCGGAUCUAAUUUUUAAAAUAAUUGAAAAUCAGUUCAUCACAACGUAAUUUUUAACUUUCUUUGAAAUUUUAGUUUUCAAAUGAAAUGAAUUUUUAAACUUGUGAUGGAAUAAAUAAAUAAAUCUCGGAAACUAGGCGAUUAGUGUUGAAAGAAUACAAAUCCGUUCUUGUAACCAUAUACAAACUUUUAUUUGUCUCGAUGUAUAUUUACUCGAGUGCGAGUCACGCGCACAAACACGCCUCAUUCAGCCAGAGUUACGCACAUCAAAUAGUGAGUUAAGGACCAAUGUAACAUUAGUCUUAGUUAACAAACUCCUAGCGUGUACCUGUUGUGUACCCCGAGUAAAAUAUAAAAUAAAGUCUUGCGAUCUUACCUCUCAGAA